AUGGUAUCGAGUUCUAGGUAUUUAGUUGCUUCCGGGCUUUUGAGGUCUACACAGAGAAGAUGCAUGUCAAAUAGUGGGAAAGUUAUCAACACUACUCUCUCGACCGUUGCGAGCGUUACCCAAGAGGUUUCUAACAAGCAAGACCUUUAUCUCACCGAUCCAGUGUCUCUAGGCUCAGUCUUUUUUUUACCAAAUGGUGCUAAGGUCUUUAAUAAGCUUGUACAAUUUAUGAAGUUGCAACAGCAAAACUAUGGUUUUAAUGAAGUCAUCACUCCUAUAAUCUAUAAAAAGACCUUAUGGGAACAAUCAGGGCACUGGGAAAACUAUAAGGAUGACAUGUUUCGUGUAGAGGGAAAUGAUUGUGCAAAAGAAGAAUAUGGUUUGAAGCCGAUGAAUUGUCCUGGCCACUGCGUUAUCUUCAAGAGGUCCGAAAGAUCGUACAAUGAUCUUCCAUUACGAUACUCUGAUUUUUCGCCACUUCAUAGAAAUGAAGCUUCUGGAGGUCUCUCAGGGCUAAGCAGAGUUAGGAAGUUUCAUCAAGAUGAUGGUCAUAUCUUUUGUACUGAAGAGCAGGUCGCCGAAGAGCUACGAAAAACAUUGCAGUUAGUUGAUCUUUGUUAUACGACAGUUUUCCCAAUGGCAAAAGAAGAGAAGAAUGGAUCCUUCUAUAGAAUGCAUUUAUCAACAAGGCCUUCCAAAUAUGUGGGAGAUUUAGAGGUUUGGAACCGUGCUGAAUCGGUGCUUAAAUCCACUUUGGAAGAAACAAAUAUGGACUGGUCUAUAAAAGAAGGCGAUGGCGCGUUCUAUGGACCAAAGAUUGAUAUUAUGGUUAAAGAUCACACAGGUAAGUCGCACCAGGUAGCAACUAUUCAAUUGGAUUUCCAAUUGCCUGAAAGAUUCAACUUGAAGUACAGGGAUAAAGACGGUAGCUAUAAAACACCAAUUAUGAUCCACAGAGCUGUUUUUGGAUCGGUAGAGAGAUUCAUGGCUAUGCUUUUGGAUUCAAACGGUGGUAAUUGGCCAUUUUGGUUGAACCCCCAUCAGUGCAUAGUGAUCCCUGUGAAUACAACAAACAAAGACAUAAUUGCCUUUUCAAACAAGGUUUUAGAGAAGUUACGCGGCAACGUCACAGAUUCUAUGAAACCGGUUCCGCUACAUAGUUUCCAUUUUAACGCUGAUAUUGACUCCAGAGAAGAGUCUGUAAGUUAUAGGACCCGGGAGGCUAUCAAUAAGAAAUAUUCAUACAUUGUAAUGAUAGGUGAAAAAGAAGUGGAGCAAUCCAAGGUUGCCCUAAGAUCUCGCGAUUCCCGUAAGGUUGAAAUGUUAAGUCUGGACGAAUUGUACAAUAAAUUCUGUGAACUAGAACAGAACUACAAAUAA